CAACAAAAGAGGAAAACUGCUCAAGCUCGCGUUCAUCUGUGCACGCGCAUCAUUGCAACAACCAUGCGCAGAGGGUAUGAUUGUGGAUGGAUCCUUGUGCUGUUGGCACUGUUUAAUUUCAGUGAUGCAGCAAGUCAAACUGUCAACCAGGAGCUUUCGAAUAUUUUCAAUGAGCUCUGGAAGCUGGAUGUGAAUCGCAUGAAGCCUGGAACUGAUUACAAUAUCACACUACAGGGCAAAGCUGGUUACAUAGCACAAGGAAGCACAAGUGCGGUAGACCAUGCCUCAUCCCCACUGUUUUCCAGUGUCGAUGAGGCCAAAUUGGACGGCAUUACCACUUAUGCACGUUUCAUGAAGCUUUUGGACAACUAUGAGAGGUCCACUGGUGUGGCAGAGAGGGUGACCGCUGAGGAGGUGACCGAAAAUAACUCCUUUCUGGAUGCUAUCUUAGAUACUGCAGUCAUGAAGCGUGCCCACCGGUACCUGAUCGGUAAGGGGAAAUCACGCUCAGAUCUGAGACAGUUUAAGAGUCAGUUGUACUACAUGUGGUUCCGCCUUUAUCAUAGAGACAGAAAUGGAGGGGAGGACUCCAGUGGAUUUGAGCAUGUGUUUGUUGGGGAAACCAAAUUUGGCAGAGAAAUCAUGGGUCUUCACAACUGGGUCCAGUUUUACCUGCAAGAGAAGCAGGAUCUUCUUGAUUACAAGGGCUACAAAGCCAGGGACAAUAAUGUGCCCGAUGACGAUGAUCAUGUCUUGAACGUGCAGUUCAGCUGGCAUGGUUUGGUCAAGCCAGUGGCCAGCGCCUUUGUUGGUGUGAGUCCUGAGUUCGAGAUGGCAAUCUUUACCAUCCUGUUCCUCACGUCCACUGAGAAGACCACCACAGCUGUGGUCAAUCUGGAUGAGUACCAGCUGGAGAUGGUGGUGCACAGACAUGGCCGCUCUAUUGGGACCGCUUAUCCCAAGCUGCUUAGCAGCAACAACAGACACGUAUAAAUCCCACAUGCUGUGUACUGACAAUAGCUUUUCAGGUUUUU